GUGGUGUCCGGCUGACCCGGAAGUUUUCCUCACCUCAUUCUAUUGUCAACAUGGCGGUGAAUCUAACUGAAUUGUCUCUUUCACAAUUAGAAGGCUUGAAAACUCAGCUUGAUCAGGAAACCGAGUUCCUGUCAUCAUCCAUAGGUCAGUUGAAAGUUGUCCAAACUAAAUAUGUGGAGGCCAAAGAAAGUUUGAAUGUACUUAACAAGAGCAAUGAAGGAAAAGAACUACUUGUACCUCUCACCAGUUCUAUGUAUGUUCCUGGAAAACUGAAUGAUGUGGAUCAUGUCUUAGUGGAUGUCGGAACAGGUUAUUUUGUAGAGAAGAAAGUAGAGGAUGGCAAAGAGUUCUUUAAGCGCAAAAUUGACUUCCUUACAAAACAAAUUGAGAAAAUUCAGCCUGCCCUUCAAGAAAAACAUGCUAUGAAACAAGCUGUUGUGGAAGUCAUGAAUAUGAAGCUUCAGCAGCUUCAGAGCCAACAGGCAUCACAGUCUGGCACCACUAAAGCCUAAGAACAGUUCCAAGCAGCAUGGCAGAUUCUGGGGAGGUCCUGAUCAUUUACCUUUCAGAUGGAGCCGUUAUAAAACCUUUAAAUGGGGAACCACAGCUCAGAUGUCAAUAUGUUCACAUCUCCUUUGGGGGGAGAAGAAACUCCUGCACUUUUUUUUUCUGCAUCAAACAACGAACCAACUUUUCUGUUCCAUGUUUUCAUCCUCAUGUUUAGUGAACAAAGCUUUGGGUAUGGCCCGUGGUUGUAUCCACAAAGCCUCCCAGCACUGCAAUUCGUGUCUUUGGAGGAGAUUUACUUAGUGGCACAACAUAGCUUUGUGGCAAACAUUUGGUAUGAAUUUCUUUGGUAAUACAGCAACAUUUUGACCGUAAACAUUUAAAUCUGAAAUUGGCUAAAGAAAAUAUUCUGUUUUUUUCUAAAAGUGAGUUUAAAGAAAUGUACAAGUGUCUGCAUUUCAUUACUUGUAUUUUCAUGUGUCAAAACAAUAAAAGGAAAAGCUUGAUUUAUUGUCCCAAGCAGUUACUAGUCCAUGUUACAGAGAGCAGAAACGUUAUGACUACUGUAAAAUGUACAAUUUUCCACCCAUGCUGAAAAAAAUAAAAGCUGACAUUUGAAACCUGA